AUGGCUGUAGAAAUUAUUGGGAGUACCGCGGGUGCCGGGAGUUUUGUUCUGGAUCUUGUCAGGUGCUUGGCUGCUCCGAUUGGGCGUCCAUUUAAGUACUUGUGGAAUUACAACACCAACUUCAUAAAUCUCGAAAAAGAAGUUGAUAAGCUGAAGGAUGCAAGAGUCAAAGUGAAGCGUAAGGUUGAUGCUGCUAUAAACAACGUGGAAGAGAUUGAAGAGACUGUGGAGAAGUGGCAGAAGGAUGUCGAUUCCAUCAUUGGUGAAGCAGAGCAGUUGAUUCAGGAGAAAGCAAACAACCCGCAUUGUUUCAAGGGAUUGUGCCCCAACUGGAUCACCCAAUACAAACAUAGCAAGAAAGCAUUCAAGUUAAAGGAGAAUGAUAUCAGUCAACUCCUAGAUAAGGAAUUCAAUGAAGUUUCUUAUCCUACUAAUCCACCAGAGAUAUGGCUUAGAUCUAACAAAGAUUACGUGGCUUUGGAAUCCAGAACUUCCACUUUGAAGAAUGUUCGGGAUGCAUUGAAUGAUGAAAAUAUCUACAUGAUCGGUGUUUACGGGAUGGGAGGUCUCGGCAAGACCACGCUUGUGCAGGAAGUUGGUAGGAAAGCCAUGGAAGAACGACUCUUUGAUGACAUGGUUUUCAUAGAAGUAACAGAAACUCCAAAUAUAGAGACCAUUCAACUGAAAAUUGCUAAAAAAUUAGGUCUCGAAUUGGAUAAGGAGAGUGAAGUAGCAGAUAAGGCAAAUAAGUUAUAUGCCAGAUUGAAGAUGAGUAAGAAGGAUGAGAAGGGUAUGAGGCCUGUGAAGAUUCUUUUGAUUCUAGAUAAUAUCUGGAAAGAUCUUGAUUUAACGACUGUGGGAAUUCCUUCGGGAGAUGAUCGUGGUGGAUGUAAAUUACUGCUCACAACCAGAGUCCGUGAUGUGUUGGAUAGGAUGGGUUCUACCAAUAAUUUUAAGAUGGGUACUUUAAAUGAUGAAGAAGCUUGGAACCUAUUCCAGAAGAUGGCAGUUGGAUAUUUGCGAGAAAAUGGCCAAAUAUAUUACAAGGACCUCAGCUGGGUAUAUUGCUGUGCUUAUCAUGUGGGGAUGCUGGUUGAUUGUAAUACUUGGUCGGGAUAUAGUUGGUCUGGCUAUAAUAAUGGCUGGCACUGCUCUUUUAUUGGCCUUCUAUUCAAUCAUGCUUUGGUGGAGAACACAAUGGCAAAGCUCAAGCUUUUAUACUUUAUGGCAAUCUUUUUCUUCCUCACGCCAGGGUUUUCUAGAGAAAAAAGAAAUUAUCAACUUUAUAUUGCUGAGUACAAUAUGGAUGUUAAGGAGCAUGAUUNAGAAAAUAUUAUCAACUCUGAUUUGGAGGAAUUGGAAUUACAUAAUAAGUUGAGAAAGAUUACAUGGAAGAGUCUAUCUAAACAUCUUCAGAUCGCUCAUGAUAAGUCGGCAAAUAUUCCACUUGGACUCCUCCAAAGAUUUGAAAAUCUGAAAGAGCUUGAACUAUAUGAAAAUAAUCAGUACAAAGAAAUUAAGUACCUACUUGAUCUUCCAAAUCUUGAAGUUCUAGAAGUAAAUGAGUGUAAGAAAUUGAUGACUCUGGAGCCAUCCUCAACUUCUUUCCAGAAUCUUAAAAUUCUAGAAGUAAUUAGUUGGAAUGGGUUGAUGAUGAAGCUAAUGACACCUUCAAUGGCUAGAAGUUUGGUGCAACUGAGAGAAAUGAGAAUAAAAGAUUGUGUAAUGAUAAUAGAAAUAGUAGAAAAUGAGGGAAAUGCAACAACGAGUUCUGAAAUUGUUUUUAAGAAUUUGAAGAAGUUGUUACUUGAAGAAUUAGAAAAUCUAGAAUGCUUUUGCUCUGGGAAUUACUCUUUCAAUUUUCCAUCUUUGGAAGAGUUAGCUAUAUGGAAGUGCCCCAAUAUGAAGACUUUCUCUCAAGGAAUCUUAAGCACACCAAAGUUACACAAAAUUGAUUAUGACCAGGAGAAGAAAGAUUUGGAGAAUGGGGAAAGUGAGCUUAAUACAACCAUACAACAAGCACACAAAAAAAAGGUUGAAUCUGAUUUGAAGGAAUUGACAUUAAAAUUAAGUGGAAGAGACAUCAUGUUGAUUUGGGAAGGAGAGUUUCAAGAGAGCUUUGGUGAAGUAAAAACUCUUGAAUUGGUUAAGGAUGAAUAUGCAAACAUUCCAAUUCAAAUUCUUUACAAAUUUAACAGUCUUGAAAAACUCAUAUUGAAAAUGAGUUCAUAUGAAGAGAUAUUUUCAUCUAGAGAGGAUGAGGAACAAAUUGUUCAGAGUUAUGGGAAAGAUUCCCAUGAGAAGGAGAUUCAAGAGUUUUAG